CCAUCUCAUCCCAUCCCAUCCAUCCUUGACGGACGACGUUAUGCUGCUCAAUCUGCCCCCAGAGUUGAUUCUCAAAAUUCACCUUCAUGCCCUCAAUCCUUCCUUCCCCUCGACCCAUCCCCAAAUCCACUCCAUCUUGACCCGACCUACCCCCUCUUUCGCAGCAACAUAUCUUCUCUCGUUAUACGAGACUAACGGGCCAUCGGACAUUCUCACUCGAUCUUUAAGGCAUCCAAUAUGUAAUACGGAUGUAGCACAAGAGCUAAGGCGUAUGUGGGAUCGUCGACGCGGUCAUUCGCCACUAAAGGCGUGGGGUGCAUCGACCCGUUCAAGAUCAAACCCGGCAGAUGGUCCAGACGAUCGAGAGGCGACAUCGGACCCCACUGCUCCACCGCUGACAUGCUCGGAGCUCCCUCGUAGGAUCUUCCGUUCGCCUUUGCCGGAAGCCAAUCCGCUCCUACACUAUCUCUUCGAUCAUUAUUCUCCUUCCCCCAACUCUCAUAAGGGCUAUCCCCUAUGCCGGGCGGUUCUGAAUUCAGAUUAUGCUUUGAUCGACUUUCUGCUCAGGCAUGGUGCCGACCCGGCUCUAAAGUCAAAUCUGGUCCUGGAGAUAGCCAUUAAGAAGAACGAUUUAAAGGCGGUCAGAAUGUUGAUUGAACGCAAGAGCGAGGACGUCCCAUUUGACGAUGUGAGUGGAACAGAGCAUGGAAGGGACCGGGGAAGGAAGAAACGCCGGAAAUUGUCCGACAGAGUCAGUAUCACUCCAAGGCUCGUUCAAAUUGCCCUGCAAUGUGGAUCUCAGGACAUCGUCCACUACUUCGUGGAGGACAAGGGCGUUAUCCCUCCACUGCAUGGCAUACUUGCUAUGUCUAGUCCGACUAAGCCGGUUCGACUCGGUCGAGUCCGUCCCUUUGGAUCUCCAAGAUAUGCAUAG